CAAGGCCGGCUCAGCCUCACAGAGCACGCGCGCCCAAGCGGCACUCUGAUUGGAGAGUCUGAGCAUCCCGCCACACUCGGAUUGGCCGAUCCGCCCGUGCUGACCCAGCUCUCGCUGUUAGGCUGUGGCGCUGCGGCGGGGACUUGUCGCGCAGUCCGCGGGGCGCUGCAGGACCUGCUGGAUUGCUUGUAUUACUUCCAGUACCAGUGCUCCUGCUUCCGCCCUUACCUCCACUUCAAGGCCUCGAUCAUGUUCUUCAGGGCCCAGGUGAGGAGAGCUCUGCAGCGAAUGCCCGGGAAGCAGCGAUUUGGCAUCUACAGGUUCCUGCCCUUCUUUUUCGUCCUGGGAGGAAUGAUGGAGUGGAUUAUGAUUAAAGUGCGCGUGGGCCAGGAGACCUUCUAUGAUGUCUACCGUAGAAAAGCUUCAGAAAGACAGUAUCAGAGAAGGCUGGAAGAUACAUCAGAGACCAAUCUUCAAAAGUUAAUAAAGUAAAUAUGAAUUCUCA